UUCGUAUCUGCAAAGACCUCCCCGCUUGCCGAUGGCCUCGACCCUUUACCCCUCAUCCUUCCGCCAGGUCGCCCACAUUAGUGAACUAGCAUGCAUCUUAAUUGGGCCGAAACCUUAUCCAUUUCAUCAUCUUGUUAAUUCCUCGUGUUUCUUUUAGGAAACACGUAUACUCUCAACGUCGAGUUCGCUAUUGUAUCCAAAGUCGUUCUUAUACUCUGGUCCACCAUGGCACCAACUACAAAGAAACCACGCUUGCUCUUCUCUGCAUUUCCGCUUGAGGGUCAUACAUUUCCCCUCCUUUGUGCUGCUGGAUAUCUAGUCAAUCAAGGAUAUGAAGUUGUCUUUGUAGCCGGCAAGCAGUUUGAGGAGAGAAUCGUCGCGAUCGGUGCCGAAUGGCUGCCACUAGCUGGGCCCGAUGAGAAUACGCCUCUUACGACGCAAUUCCAAGAAGUCCUUGCGAUGCCGAUAGAUAUUAUCCGAAAUGGACUGCUCCUUACCCUGGUAUUUUACAAUACUCUGCUUUACCGAGUCAAUAGCAUGGUCGCAGCAAUGGAGACGGUUAAAAAGCGAGAUCCGGAGCGUGAAAUCAUCCUAGUAGAGGAUAUCAUCAACAUGACCUUGCAGCCAUUCGCCUACGGAAGACCAUUACCUGAAGGCUAUACUAGCAUGCCAAAAACCGUCGGUAUUAGCCCUACAGCCCUAGUUCAUGAGAGCGUCGAUAUUGGGCCGACGGGGCUCGGCCUUCUACCCGACUCGUCGGAAGGUGGCCGAGAGAGGAACAAGCACUUGUCAUAUCUGCUGCGUCGGGGUGCCCAGCCGUUUUUUGCCUCGUGGAAGCAGGCUAUUACCGAUUGUGGCGGCACGCAAGAGCCUACAGGGCAUCCCAUGACAGCAUGGUUUACUAGCUACGACAGAGUCAUCAUGCUUUGUUCCCCUGGGUGCGAGUUCCAGACAUCUGAUAUACCACCGGCAGUACGAUUCGCUGGCUGCCUUCCACGUCGUGACAUUGGUCCUAACCGAGUCAACCCGCCUUGGUGGCCAGAGCUUCUGGCCAACGCUGCCUUGGGCGACGCGCGCAAAAAGGUGAUUUUCGCGACACAGGGCACCUGGAACAAGGAUUUAAGCCAGAUGCUGUAUCCAGUAUUCGAGGCAGUUGGUGGCCGGGACGAUUGUAUUCUUAUAGCCACUCUGGGAGCCACGGGCGACAAACUAUCCGAUGAUGUCAAGGUGCCAGCCAACACUUGGAUCACGGACUACAUUUCCUAUGAUGUAAUUCUCGAGUAUACCGACGUCUUCAUUGCCAACGGCGGAUAUGGUGCGUUUAGCCACGCCGUAAUGAACGGAGUCCCAGCUGUCUUUGCCGGACUUGCGGAUGAUAAACUCGAGGUCUGUAGACGGGCAGAGUACGCGGGGUUUGCGUACAACAUUCGAACACAGCUGCCCACUGCGGAAAUGAUUCGCGUAGGAGUUGAUGAGGUGCUUUCAAACCCAAAGUACAAACAAAGAGCAGUUGAAUUACGCAAAGAAAACGAAGAGAUGGACUGUCUCUCAAGUAUUCAGAAGAUUAUUGAGGACAUUUCCAAAUGAUGACAUGUACGAUAGGCGAGUAUACGGUACGCCUAGAUCGCGAAUCGCAGUCGAUGUAUAGCGCAGCAUAGUUUGUAAUGUUUUUUUUUAUUUUGAAGUACACGACAGCAUUAAUAUGAGCACAUUUUUGUCCCA